AUGACGCCCAAUCUUAAUAAUUCCCAGACUGUGUUCUCAUUUCCUGAGCCUAACUUAGAGGGAUUAUCAGUUAGCGCAAAGACAUAUGGCUAUGGACCCAGGGUGGAAUUAGCUGCCACCGCGAAUUCCCAUGUCAACAGAGUCAAGAACCGAGCUGAGGAAGCCUCUAAUUCAUGGGGGUCAAGCUCUCCACAGAGCCCUCUGAUGGGAGGUAUUGUUGAUAGAUCCCAGUGUGCAACUAUUCACGAUGCCUUAACAGGAUCCGCGGACGAACUUCACGGGGACAUAAAUACCAAUAUGGCAGCCCCUUCCUCUUCUCCAGUCCACUUCGACGAGGCAAUAGGGCCAGCCAACGACGUCCAAAUCGCAGAAAACAGAGGAAUGCUUAACAAGGACCACUGUGUCAUAAUUCAGGGCCUCGCAGAGUCCUCCGCCAGUUCUCCCAGGGAAAGAAUCGCUGCUGACUUAGAGCAAUUCCAGAAACUCCUCAAUGAAAUGCUGCAACCAACAGAAGAUGUCACAGUCCUAAAGGCGUUUCGUCUUGGUAGCCGUACAAAUGCCGCUCCGGAGACGCGAUCACGACCCCUAAAAAUCGUUCUUGGUAGCAAUGAGCAGGCGAAACUUAUACUUUCCAGGCGUUUUCGAAUGAAGCAUUCCCAUACAGGAGUGUUUUUUUUUCAGCCGGACUACUCACCUGCCGAGAGAAUGAAACGCCGCGAACUUGUCCUAGAAUUGAGAACACGGCAAACCAACGGAGAAAAAAACUUGACAAUCUACAAAGACCGGAUUGUCAAACGACAUUCCGCUCCCCUCUGGUUCAAGCCGAUCCGAAUGACUGCACAGCUACCCCAGUAG